CUCUCUUCCUCCCAAUCUCCUCUACAUUUCAAUGAGUUUUGCAUUUUUUUUGAUUUCAACCAUUUCAAACGCCCCCAUAUCAUGACUUCCGCUACUCACGAUCUCCUCUCCGCCCCACAUUUCAAGGAUCUCGCCAUUAAACUCUUCGGCCGCACCAUCCCUUUGCCGGAAUCCAACAUUUCCGCCGCCCUGCAAAAUCUGGAUGGUUGCAACCAUUUGAAAGAAGGUGAGCAGUGUGUGUCAGGUGCAGAAGAGUCGAGGUCGAGCGUUUUAGUAGGCGAUGAUGAAGAAAAGCAAGCGUCCAAGGAGGAUGAAGAAUUGGAGGUGCAUUUGAAAGAGGAGCAGGGAGAUGGUAAUGAAGAAAGAGUUUUGAAGAAGCCGGACAAAAUCAUUCCUUGUCCUAGAUGUAACAGUUUAGAAACUAAGUUCUGUUACUUCAACAACUACAAUGUCAAUCAACCUAGGCAUUUCUGCAAGAACUGCCAAAGAUAUUGGACUGCUGGUGGCACCAUGAGAAACGUUCCUAUCGGUGCAGGACGACGAAGGAACAAGCAAUUGGCAUCUCAAUACCGACACAUAAUAGUAUCAUCCUCCGAGGGACUUGCGACGUCUCGGUUCGAAGCAUCGGAUUCAACGAAUCACCAUCAAUUCAUAUCAGGCCUUGAGUCUCCUGCUUUCAGGCCUUCCAAUGCCAGUGCCACUCUUCUAAAGUUUGGACCUGAAGCACCACUUUGUGAAUCCAUGGAGACCGUGCUCACUCUUGAAGACCAGAAGAGGUCCAUUGAGAUUGGCUCUGCAUAUAGCAGAGACAGUCCUGAUGAACCAUCCUCCUGUGGAUCCUCCAUGACAACGAAUGAAUUCCCUAAAACUGUCGUCGAGAGGGAAGCAGCCAGAUUGUCGGGUUCAAGUAAUGAGAACACUUCACCCAACAUGGUUCGUUGUUACCCCGUUCCACAAUUGGUUUUUCCAUUGAAUCAGGGUGGGAACGGUGUAGUUUCAUCAGCAAUGGCUAAAGGUUCAGAUAGCACGAGUGUAUCCAAUCCAGUUCAAUGGCUGCCUACGACAAUGCUGGCAGUUCCAGGUUAUUGCACGCCUAGCCUUCCGUUACAAUUUGUGCCAGCAUCAUAUUGGGGCUGCACGCCUGUAUGGACCGCAGCUGGUGUCCGUGCAUCUCAAACAUCCGCAGCUACCAUCGGCAGCUGUGCCAUGAGUUCGUCACCGACACUGGGAAAGCAUUCGAGAGAUGCAAGUAGCUUGACAGAGGAAGAGGAAUCAGAGAAAUGCGUGGUGGUACCAAAGACAGUACGGGUUGAUAAGGUGAGCGAAGGGUCGAGGAGUCCCAUAUGGACGACAUUUGAAACUACAGAAAGUAAUGCAGAUGGCAAAGAGCAUUACAGGGAGGCUCCUCAUCUCUUGGAAGCACAAACUGGAAGCUCUUACUUGUAGAUUUUCCUUCAGACCACAUAAAGUGUAAUUCUUUUUUAAAGCUGUUCAUAUAUCUCUGAAAGCUUUGCCAGAAAUUUGGUACAUAUUAUGAUGUUUUUGGGUCACACAGUUGAGAGAAUUAAUCUUCCAUUCUUCCA